AUCAACUGCUUUGAGAAUCUUAUGAUCGCUGAUAAUAAAAGUUGAAGAUAAGAUAGUUUAGUAUUAAAGCUACAUACCUUUAUUGAAUUAGGCAUUUUAACACAAAGAGAUGCAACUAGUGGCUGUCCUCAUAGCCGGCGUUUUAGCUGCUGCACAUGCACAAACAUCGUUUUUCCCUACGGGAAUCUUUGGAGAACCAGUUCAGGCCAAUGUAGUCGCUCUCCGUGAAGAUAAACCCGACUACAGAGGGACGUCCCUCUAUCAGAUUCAGUAUUUACUGAAAAACAAAGAGGGUAAAACUGUGUCUGGCUUCGUACAUCGAUCCUACGCCGAGUUUAAGAAGUUGAAUGAUGCACGCCCAUGGAAGCUGUUUGGCUAUGACUUUGACGUCCCAACACAGGGCAGUGCCGAUGUCGAUUCCAUGAAUGACUAUCUAGCGAAAGUAAUGAAAGAUGAUGCUCUAAGAAAAACUGACUUGGUAAGUGACUUUCUUGGUAUUAACUGGGAUGCGUCUGAUAUCAAAUGGUUUGCUGAUAUGGAAACCUUCCUUGAGAUGCUGCUCACGGCACGAGUUCCAGAGUUUGCACCGGAACCCCCUACAUUCGGUUCGGUCGAAGACGCCUUCCGUCCAGAGACGCCAUUUGAAGCAUAUGUUUACGUAAAAGCUUUCCGACACGGUGGCACUGACGCAACACUUGCCGCCUACGUAGACUUCUUCAAGAAUUACACUGAUACAACUCCAAGUUUCAGCGGACCAGCUCAAGAUGUUGACGUUCUUCCACCUUCCGCAACUAAACCCAUCUCCAUACCAUAUCACUACGCCAAGACCUUUGUGCACUUCCUACCAGGCGGGUAUCUAAACGGGCAUACUGUCCGCAUUUCAUACCUUGGGAAAAACAAGUUCAACCUCCUUAACAAAGACAACUUAGUGCCAGCCAUCAAGCGAUUCCAUGGAGAUAGAAAACCAAAAAGAAUCUUAGAUGUUGGAACCGGAAACUGUUUCUCUGCUCUAGGAUUCGCACAAGUCUUCCCUGAUGCCGAGGUCAUUGGAGUCGAUCUUGCUGCCCCCUAUAUCAGAUUCUGUCGACUCUGGGCCAACAAACUGGGUGUAAAGAACGUUAAGUUCUACCAAGAUAAUGGUGAAGAUCUUAGCUGGCCUGAUAACCAUUUCGACAUAGUUCAAUAUACAUAUGUAUUGCACGAAAUGCCUGCCGUUAACGCCAGACGAUUUCUCUCAGAAACACUCCGUGUUCUGAAACCCGGGGGCGUAAUGAGCGGAUUUGAAGUUCCAUUCCACGAUGAUCCCGUUGAGCAAGUUGUAAACGUCGCCUCGCAGACAUGGGGCUACCGAUGGAACACGACAGGACCACACGGACCAGAGCCAUACAUGAGGGAAUACGAGGAAAAAACUGAACUGCCCAAAAUGAUUGAAAGCGUUGGAUUUGUGAAAUUGAAACAUGUUCCAUAUACAUACUUCGAAGCAUUUUACCUUGCCGAGAAAAAAGUAUAACGCAUUUUGCAAUACUUUUCUAUUUUCAAAACAUUAGAAAUAUAUUUAGAUUGAGAAUAAAAGCCAUGGUGUAUUCUUGUGAUUAUUUAUUGUAAUAUAUUUAUUUGUAUGAAAUACAUGAUUCAUUUUUUA